AUGUCCUUACAUCUCGCUCCUACCCAAUGCGAUGAUAAGAAAGAAGACCAACAGCAUAAGUCAGCAUGGUUUCAAUUUAUCAAGUCUGUCGCAACCUUCAAAGGAGACCUUGCUUCGUUGACAGCUCCCCCCUUCUUACUUGCGCCACAAUCUAUUGUUGAAUACAGCACAUACUGGGCUGAGCAUCCGAGUCUUUUUGUGUCGCCUGCGAAUGAGGAGUGUGCCAAGAAGAGAGCUCUGAGAGUCCUCCAAUGGUUUCUGAGCACCCUGAAGCAUCAACAUGCCGGCAAAGACGAAAACGGAAAGAGAAAGAAGAUGAAGCCCCUAAACCCAUUUUUAGGCGAAAUCUUCUUGGGGCAAUGGCAAGAUGACGUUGGUACCACCCAAUUAAUUAGCGAGCAAGUCAGCCAUCACCCACCAGCCACGGCAUUUUGUAUUAGGAACGAAUCGCAUGGUGUGAGACUCGAGGGCCACGUCGCUCCAAAGGCCUAUUUUUCGUCGACAAUAAACAUAGAACGGAAAGGGUACAGCAUUUUACACAUAGACAAGUAUGAUGAAGAUCACUGGAUUACGAUGCCAAAAGCCCAUCUCGAAGGUAUUGUGACUCUACAAAUUGCUCCCGAGCUUAGUGGUGUCUCAUACAUCCGUAGCUCGUCAGGCUACACGUCGCGUAUCAAUUACUCAAGUAAGGGGUGGUUAAAAGGCAAAAGCAACACCUUCACCGCCAGUGUGUAUCCGGAUCACGACGAGAAGAAGCCUCUGUAUGUCCUAGAAGGUCGAUGGAGCGAUAAGUACGCUGUCAAGGAUGGCAACGGAAAGCUGCUCGAUACAGUAGAUCUGUCUACUUUGAAAAGAACACCUCUUCAAGUAGCACCAGUCGAUUCGCAGCACCCCCUAGAGUCUAGACGGGCCUGGAAACACGUUGUGGAUGCUAUAAAUAAAAAUGAUAUCUUCGCCGUGGGUCACGAGAAAGGCAAGAUCGAGAACGCGCAACGCGUCUUGAGGAGAAAAGAAAGUGAAGCAGGUGAAAUAUGGAAAAGAAGAUACUUCACACAUCCCCAAGAGGACCCGGUAGCAGAGAAGCUCUCAAUCAAGGGCAAGGGCAAGUCCGAUGUCACAGACUCUCAGGACAAGAUGAUGUGGAAGUUUGACCAUGAGAAAUACAGAAUCAUCAUAGAGAACCAGCAGAAUGGCGUUAAGAGCCCAACCCACUUCCGUUUCGACUCAGGGGUCGGGUUCUUAGAAACGGAUAUAUAA